UUUGUGAAGAACUGUUGUGCGAAUGGGAUACAAAUCUGAAUUAUUUAAUAAUUUAAAUCAAUUUAAUUGAGGAUUUAGUAAAAAAAAGUGUAGUUAAUGUAUUUGAAGAUAACAUGGCUAAUUGUAACCAAAGAACCCCUGAUGAUGUCAGAAAAGUAAUAAAAAUUGCAAAGUUACACGAAUCCGAGCUGACUGAUAUCACACAAGUCUUGAUGUUCCCAGACGCUAGCGAUAGGAACGACAACUUAAGGCUGAUGCAGUUGGAUGAUAAAUUACUUAAAGAAAUUGAAUCUGGAAAUAAUUUAGUAUUCAAAGGGGAUCUAGACGAAAAUGUUGUAUUAUGCACAGAAGACAAAUCUUACGACGUAAAAGAAGCAGAGACGUCUAAUAGUCUUUUACUAGUACCGAAUUUAUUGUACGCAGUAUCAACUGGAAACGAAAUUAUAACAAACGAUUCAAUGGAAUGUGAUUCCGAUAAUUCUUUCGAUAAAUCCAAUAGCAGCUUAAACAAAUCCAACGAGUCAGAUGAUGGAACAAAAGAGCCUAGAAAUAUUGAAUUCAAAGAGGUUAUUAACACUUUCUUCACGUAUUACGAAUUGAAACCUUGCAAGCCACGUUUAUCUAAGCUACGGAAGAUUCUAGAACCAACAUUAUAUCAAGGACCGGAGCUCGAAUAUGCGAUAGAUAAAGCAAAGCUUCUUAAUUGUGAUGCGAUUUUCGAACAAGUGCAAGCUUCUAGAACAGAAUUAGAAGGAGAACUAGAGAAGAUACAAGCAGUGAAGAUCGAUGGAUAUUAUCGAUUACUUGAAUUUGAUUAUGAAUUCAGAGUAUUAUCGUAUAUGUUGGAUUUAAUCGAAGAGAAUUCAUGGCCUUUGAAUAGAAUAUCGAAAGAAACGACUUUCGAAAGUCUGAAAGAUCUAGUUCCUGAGUCUGUUUUGGAAGCUUUAUUUAAGUUUUAUACGGUAGAAACUUGUAAAGAAGACGGUAUACAAUAUUAUCAGUACAAACAAGAUAAAGUAUGUAGAUUUUUGGCAAGAGUGUUGUUAAAAAGCGCAGGGAAAUUUAAUUUCGCAGAAUUUUUGCAAGCGUGGCGAGAUUCGGUUCCUGAAGGAAUGAUAACAGAUGAAUCUCUUUUAUCUGGAAUAGCUAUAGUUGACAAAAAUACGACGCCACAAGUAGUAUGGGGAUUUUCUGAGAAUGAUCUACCAGAUGAUAUUAACGAGAGAUUUAAAAAGUUGUUUCAUACAAAAGCAAAAUGGACUGUGGAUGAAAUAUCACCGUAUAUUGAGUCGUAUGCAACUGAGAAAUUAAACGUGAACGCAUUGUUAACAAAACACGCGCGUGCGUCAACGCAAGAUGGCGUUAGAGUGUUUUCGGCUAAGCAUAUGAAAUGAUGUACUUAUUUGUUUCUUACGUUGGUUUUUAUAUUUAAAUCAAAAAGAUUAUUUAGUUU